AUGGAGCCCAGGGGUCUCCUGGGCACUGAGUGGGAUGAGGAACAGACGGAGCCUGAAGACCGUACAGAAUCUACUGGCUGUGUUCCUCAGGAGAAGCAGCCAGUUGGUCUAGCCUCAGAAACAAAGAGGGCAAAGGGAGGGGGAGAAAACCAGGAGCUCUCUGAAAAGAUCCCAGCUGUAAAGAUCCAAGCCUGGUGGCGUGGCACACUGGUACGUCGGGCGCUGCUGCACGCGGCCCUCAGGGCCUGGAUCAUCCAGUGCUGGUGGAGGAUGAUACUGCCAAAGAUUAUGGAGAAGAGGCGUCAGGCAUUACUGGAUACCUUCCAACAGGAGCAGUGGGCAGUGGUCAGGUUGCAGUCCUGGAUCCGAAUGUGGCGUAUCCACAGGCGUUACCACCAGGUGCUUAAGGCUGUCCGAGUCAUCCAGUCUUACUGGAGGUGCCAUGCCUGCACUUCACGGGGUAUCAUCAAAGGCCACUACCGAGUCACAGCCAGCCAGAUGCAUCUCGAGCUGGAGAUCUUGCUGGGCUCACAGCCGUGUAUCGUGUCCGAGUGUAUUCCCCUCCCAGUAAAGGAGUGA